AUGACAUCCAGAUAUUCAGCUGCUGGCAGCUCACAUCAAAGAGAUUUAAGAACUCAAUUAUUUAAUAAUCCAAUAGGUAUAAGAACACCACUGAGAACACCACUGAGAACUUCAUCACCUUACGAAAAUCAACAACAGUCUAGAUAUGAUGAGAGUUUAUUAAAUACAUUAGAAUCUCAAAAUGAUGAUGAAAUGUCAUCAAUGGGUCAAAAAGUGACUAUGCUAAAGAAUUUAGGUGAGAAGAUGGGUAUUGAAAUUAAUAAAUCAAAUAAAUUAAAUGAUAAUAUAACUAAUUCGUUUGAAUCAGGGAAGGUUACAUUAAAAAAUACGUAUAAUAAAAUGAUUGUUAUGAGUCAACGAGCUGGUAUAAGUUUUAAAAUGUGGUUAGUUGUUUUUGGAAUUGUAUUUAUAUGGUUUUUUUAUAUUUGGAUGUUUUAA